CUCAACGUGAAGGCACAUAGAUCAGCUCCCGGGGGGAGUGGUGCGGGUGGAAGUGUCGUCAUCAUUACAAAAUCAUUACAUGGCAAUCCGAACAGCAAAAUUCAAGUUGACGGUGGUAUCCCUGUGAAUUGUGCUUUUGGAACUGGAGGAGGUAAGCUAAAUCCUCAUCCGUCCCCAUCCAUUACAAAUGCAUUCUCAAAUACAUUUUCAUGUGUAUUCAUGAGGAGUAAAACGUCCGUUGAAAGUUCUUAGGUAUCAUCAAUAGAACUGAGUCACACUACCUUUUUACCCGACAAACUGACUGACUGUCUUAUUGAUUAACUAGCUAACCGUACUCAACGACUCACUAACUGACUCACUAACUGACUCACUAACUGACUCGCUAACUGACUCGCUGACUGACUGCCUCACAAACUGACUGACUCACUAACUGACUGACCGACCAACUACAAUUCUGCUAUUCUUAAGUUGGUUGGCCGGAGUUAUUAAAUCAUUUUUCUUUCUCGUCAUUUAGGUGGCGGGGGAGGUGUAGGCCGCUGGCUGAUAAAAACACAAGACUCACUUUUAAAUUCUGGACAGUGA